AUGUCUCAACUCAUCGACACCCACGACACGAAGCAUCGACUCAAUCAUGAUUCGAAUGGAGAUGAUACAAUUUUACUAUUGAACAAUUUCAAUCCGAUGAAUACGACCACAAUGACUAAGACCACGGAACAUGCUUCAAGUUUUGACAGUCAGCAUCAAACACAUUCACAACCAUCAUUGAAUUCAACAAUUUCAAACCUAAAACAACAUGAAUGCAUAACAGUCGAAGCAACAAGGACUACUGAUGAGAAUUCCCAACAAUGCCAAUCAAAAAGAACAUCAAAUGUUCAAUCCAUUCAAGACUCUACUGAAGUAGGAACCAAUACUGAUUCUUCUACUAGUUCUAAUAUUACCAUUCAACAAUUUAGAUCUAAACGUAAUUCCAAUGUUAAGAAAAAAAAGAAAAAGCAGAAUUCUGAAAAUACUAAUUUUUCAAACUCAUCUCUUGACAUGUUAAAUAAUAAUAUCAUCGAUGAUAACACUCAUCAUUCUCACACUGCCAACAUGACAUCCAGCACUGACAUUACUCUAAAAUCUAUGAAUACUCAUGAAUCAUCUCUACCCAUUCAUGCAUUUCAAUCUAGAAUUAUUAAAUGUAUUGAAAAAAAUCAAAUUGUAAUUAUUACAGGAUUUACUGGAUGUGGUAAGAGUACACAAUUACCUCAAAUGAUCAUGAAACAUGAAAUUGAACAUCAACUCUUGAAAAAAAAGGAUCAACAAUUGAAUCAAUUCAGAACACGUCAUCCAAAAAUAAUUUGUACUCAACCAAGAAGAAUUGCAGCCACAGGUUUAGCACGAAGAGUUCACACAGAAUUGAACAAGUAUAUUCAAUCCAUUCUCUCUAGAGAAUAUGAUAAGAAGAAAGAUGUUCCAGACAAUGAUCUUCUUAAAAAUGAUCUUGUUAAAAAUAAUCUCAUUCAUUCGACUCGAGUUGGAUUUAUGAUUGGAGGUGAUGCUCAAUAUGAUCCCAAUACAAGUAUUCUCUUUGCUACUGAAGGAUGUUUAACCAACGUCUUGAUGAAAGGAUAUCAAGAUGAGAAUUUCUUUAAGAAUUUUCACAAAUCACACUUUACACAUAUCAUUUUAGAUGAAAUUCAUGAAAGAAAUGUCGAUACUGAUUUAUUAUUGUAUUUUGUGAGAGAAUUGAGUCGAGUGAAUGCUCAUGUUAAAAUUAUACUAAUGAGUGCCACGUUAGCUAGAGAACAAUUAUGUGAAUAUUUUUCAAAAUCCAUGGUACCAAUAAUACCCAAACGUUCCGGAUCCGUCACAGUAGCAGCAGGAGGAGGAUACUCUCAACCAUCCACAGUAUCUUCUUCAACCGUAUUACCCUAUACUUCUGCGUCCUCCUCCUCUUCAACAGUAUUACCCUAUACUUCUUCCUCCUCCAUACAUGCAAUAACACAACAUGAUAUACUACAACAGAAGAAUACAUGCAAUACCAAUAGCAACAACAAUAGCAAUACCAAUAGCAACAACAACCACAGGUUGAUACCUCCAUGUAUUCACAUUCCCACUGGUUGUCAUCCCGUUGAAGAAUAUUAUUUACAUGACAUUCUCAAAAUGAUUUAUUGUCAAGGAAAUUUACAAGUGGAUGAACAUACACUCAUUCAAAAAGUAGGACACAAAUAUCAUGAUAUUACUGCGAAUAUGGUAUUGAAUCGAUAUACGAGUAAUGGUAAUACUACUUCUACACAUCAACCAUUAACGAUAUCACCACUUCGAAGAAAACUUGCAUUACAAUUGGUACAGAAAUUACAUCAAAUUCAUAAAUUCAAUGAACAACAACAACAACCAUUGAUGGAAAGGAACCAUACGAGUCAUCAUUCCAUUCAGGAGAAUGAUAUGAGUAGUCAUCACUCCUCACAUGAUACUUGUCGUCAACCAUUUACUUCACAUCAUCAUGUACAGUCCAAUCAUGAAUCAAUCUCUACUGAGAUCACUAGUAGUAGUAAUAGUAAUGGUAAUGGUAGUACUACCACAACAACAUCUCGAACAAUUGAGGCAACCACAACCACCAAUAAUGGUAGAGAUGUUUCUUGUUCUUCCAAUCAUGAUCAUUCAAACAACAACCACGAUCACUCGAGUAUACUCAUCUUUCUUCCAGGAAUGACUGAAAUUGAAGAUUUUCUUGAAGAUUUAACACUUGCAUAUGUUGGAGGUUUAGAUUCACCUCAAUGUCCAUUUGAAAUUCAUAUUUUACAUUCAUUGAUUGCACGUGAAGAACAAGAGCUAGCCCUUCUACCAGUUUCUAAUAAGAAUAAGCGUAAAAUUAUUCUCUCAACCAACAUUGCAGAGAGUUCCAUUACAGUUCCAGAUAUUAGUAUUGUCAUUGAUUUUUGUAUGUGUAAAGAAUUGAUUCAUGACUAUUAUGGUAGUAGUGGUGGUGGUGGUGGUGGAAUGAAUAGUGUUGGUAGUACUAUGAAUAAUAGUAGUAGUAUGAAUAGUAGUGGUAUGAAUAGUAGUAGUAUGAAUAGUAACAACUUUAACAAUGCUUUGGAAAAUUCAACUCCAAUGUUGAGUGUGAAUUGGAUUUCUAAAAAUUCAGCCAUUCAACGAAAGGGUCGUGCAGGUCGAGUGAAACCAGGUUGGUGUUAUCGAAUGGUUACUUUGGAAGAAUACGAAUGUUUUAGAGAGAGUGCCAUUCCUGAAAUUCAAAGAAAACCACUUCCUGAAGUGUUAUUAAGAAUUUUAAUGAUGAGUGGAUUGUAUGAAGCAAGUCGAGCAUUUCAAACAGCAUUUCAAUCUGAAGAGAAUGUUGAACAUCCAUCCGAGUCAACAACAACAUUCUCAACAACAACAACAACAUCCUCAACAACAACAACAACAAAUACUUCAUGUCAUAAAUUGAACAAACAUGAAGAAUUGUCAAAUUUGAGAAGACAUCUUUUAUCAAAACCUCCAUCCAGUGUAUUGAAUGAAUGUUUAGAUCCUCCAAGUAUACACUUAUUGGAAGCUUCUUAUCAACAAUUGUUAGCAUGUGGUGCUAUUGAAAGAAUUCAUCCAAGUCUUGUAGAUGAUGACAAUGAUAACACCAAGAUUCAACACGAUGAUAAAUCCAUAUGUCUUGAUGAUGAUCAAAAUAUUGCUCAGAAUGAUGAUGGCCAUAUAGAGGAUGAUACUGACAUUAUGAAAAAUAAUCAACUAGUUUCGUAUGAAUCUAUCUCUACUCUUUCGUGGGGUAAUGAACAAGAUUCUCAAGACAAUUCUUUCCAUCAGAAUGAUACGACAGCAGAUAGCACUAAUAGCAUCUCAAAUAUGAACAACAAUAAUGAAAAGACACUAGAAAAGACCAUCUCUCACAAGGAGGAGACAUUGAAGAAAAAACAAUCAAAAUUCUCUGAACACUUUUAUGCAACCAAAAAGGGAAGAUUCUUUUCACUCAUGCCACUACAAAUUUCACAUUCUCAACUCAUUCUAUUAGGAUAUUCUCUGAAUAUUUUACCUUAUUGUAUUAUUGCAAGUGCAAUUAUCUCACGUUCAUUACCAUUUCUACACUUUUCAAAUUUGAAAUUAGUGACUGCUCGAUCCAUGUAUAGUUUUGAUCAAAAUUCAGAAAGUGAUAUUAUUGCAUCCAUUCGUGCUUAUUUAUAUUACAAGAAAUUGAGAGUAGAAUUGAAUAAGAAGAUUAUGUUAUCUAAAAAGAAUGAAAAACAAACGAGUAGUAGUAAUAGUAGUAAUGGAAGUAUUAAUGGCAGUAUUAAUGGCAGUAAUAAUGGCAGUAAUAAUAGUAAUAGCAAUAGAACACAUUCCUCGAUUCAAUAUUACAAAAAUGAAUUCUUUGAAAAUUUGAGAAAAGAAAUGAUUUCAUACAAAUUGGUCAAGGAAAUUGAUGAACUUGUCAUGCAAAUCUGUAAAAUCUUACAAAAAUAUUAUCAAGUGGAUAUUGAAUUAUUGACACCCUUUGAAAAUACUACGAUCAUCAUAAGAUGA